GACAGGAAGGGCCCUCCGAUCAGCACAGCAGGGAGCCAAGCGGAUCGGUCCCUGCCCCACAGCGGUGAGCGGCUGGUCUCCUUGGGGCCCUGUGGAAGGGAGAUGAAGAUGGAGGCCUCUGACACAUCGAGGCAGGGGACAGACGCGCCGUCCGUGCUGAGCUCCUACAGGUGGCUGAGGGUCCCCCAAGAUGGGGAGAAGGAGCCAGAGUUUGCCCCGAGCCCAGCCUCGGGGCACAGAGGCAAGCCGCAGAGGUGGAGGCGGGUGCAAAGCCAGACGGAGAGCGAGCGGGAAAGCCCCCGCGGGGCACCCUCCCCGGACAGCCGAGCUGCCUCCAAGAGGUCUGUCUUCCAGAGGGCUUUCUCUAGCCCCGCCAAGAUGCCCAAGGCCCAGGAAGGAGGCGGCAAGCUGAGUCUGCGGAAGUAUUUGCGCUCCAUGUCCCACUGGAAGAAGCAGGAAGCUGCGCCCCAACCAGACAAGGAAACGAAGGAAGCAAGCACAGGGGGGGAUUCUGCUGCCCAGCUGACACCAUCAGCUCUGGUCACCGCUCCUGAUGCUCCUCUCUGGGAUGUGGCCAAUGUGUCCCUGCUGGACCGACAGUUAGUGCUCAUGGGCAGAGAUGAGGAGAGUCUGCUCCAGAGCCGGAAAAGAACCAGCAGUUCUCUUUCAGAGACGAGUACUGUGUACCCAGUUCUGUAUGGCCAGGUGAACUACGAAGUGCCCCCUGAUGGAGCUGGUGGGAGGAGGGGCUUCCUGGACUCGCAGGUGCCCGAAAGAAGGGCCCCGCAAGAGGCUUCCUCUGGGCUGCAGCUCAGCAGUGUGAAGGGCCUGCUGCGGAGGCGCCUCAGGGACCGGAAAGAGCGGCUGCCGGCCAAGACGGACUCCUCCGCCGCUGGACUUGCUGCCAAUGGUCACAGGGAGGCCCUGCCCGGCCCGGAGCUCCUCGUGGACCUGAGCAACGAGAAGGACGUCUUGAUCCGCCCGCUUCACAGCAGCCUCCUCCUGGGGAAGAAGCACUGCUUUGAGGUGCUGAGUGCGGGAGGACGCCGCUGCUUCACUUGUGCAUCGGCCACGGAGAGGACCCGCUGGAUGGAGGACCUGCGCAGAGCUGUCCAGCCCAGUAAGGACAACUGUGAGCGGACGGAGCACAUGCUGAGCCUUUGGGUGUACGAAGCACGGGACCUGGCUCCCAGGAGGCACUGCUUCUGUGAGCUGCGCCUGGAUGGGGCCCUGUACGCCCGCACCACCACCAAGCCAACCAGCCCCGCCGGAGCUGUCUUCUGGGGCGAGCACUUUGACCUGAGGUCUCUGCCCCCAGCCGUGCAGCUGCAGGUCUGCCUGGUGCAGGAGGAAGAAGGGCAGAGACACAAGGGCGGCAGUGCCCUCGCCAGCGUGGCCCUCCCCCUCAGCGACCUCACUGCCGCACGCCAGCCCCUGGAGAAAUGGUACCCUGUGGGCAGGGGCAAGCCCAGCGUGCCCGCGCUCCGUCUCCGGGGGCACCACUGCAGCAUCCGCGUCCCGCCCAUCGUGCAAUACAAAGAGUUUGCCGAGUACCUCACCUUCCACUACCAGGAGCUGUGUGCCGCCUUGGAGCCCUCCCUCAGUGCCAGGGACAAGGAGGAGCUGGCAGGUGCCCUGGUGCGCAUAUUGCAGAGCACGGGCAAAGCCAAGGCCUUUCUCAUCGACCUGGGCAUUGCGGAACUCGAUCGUUUCGAUGAACGGGAAGCACUGAUUUUCCGCGAGAACACCCUUGCCACCAAGGCGAUCGAUGAAUACAUGAAGCUGGUGGGGGGGCCCUACCUGCUGGACACGCUGAGUGAUGUUGUAGCCGACCUGUACUCUUUGAAGAGGAGCUGCGAAGUGGACCCUGGCAAGUGUGCCCUGAGUGAGCUGGCUGACAACCGCAGCAACUUGCAACGGCUCUGCGAAGCGGUCUUCCAGAGGAUCGACGGGUCCACCCACUCUUUUCCAGUGGAGCUUAAUGAGGUGUUCACCGCCUGGCACGAGGAAUGCCAGGUGCGGGGCAAGGCCGGCAUUGGCUGGCGGCUCAUCUCGGCAUCCCUUUUUCUGCGCUUCCUGUGCCCGGCCAUCAUGUCGCCCAGCCUGUUUGGCCUCACUCAGGAAUACCCGGAUGACGCCACCUCUCGCACCCUCAUCUUGGUGGCCAAGGUGAUCCAGAACCUGGCAAAUUUCACCACGUUUGGGGAGAAAGAGGCCUACAUGAGCUUCAUGAACGGCUUCCUGGAGUGCAACUCGGACGCCAUGACAGCAUUCCUCGGCCGGGUCUCGAGUCCUGGCAGCACCAUCCCCUUUGCAGAUUACGGGGACUCCAUUGACCUGGCCCUGGAGUUGUCCAUCCUUCAUUCCCUCCUCUGUGACAUUUUCUCCCACCUGGAAGAGCGGACCCAGAAGAGACUGGAGCCUCUGCCCACCAUCCUGUGUGCCAUCCAAAAGGGGACGCCCGUGCCCGUUUCUGUCCAGCUUGGCCCCAUCGCAGAAGACAAGAGAGGGGCAGAACACCAGAAGCCAGGAUUUGUGCCACCACGGGAACUGGGGAAGCACAAUCCUCUGAUCAAGAGCCACUCCAUGAACAACAUCCAGAAGGUCCGGGGCAAGGAAGAGCCAACGGCCCCUUCUCCCCGAACCAGGACGAGCAAAGUGCAGCGCACCCAGAGCGUUCCCACCCACAGCAAGGCCGCCCGGCACAUGCGCAAGCAAGGCAGCACGGAGCAGGUGGCCAAGGGCCGGGAGGGUGGCCCCUGGCACGGAACCUCCCACCCAUGCGGUGGCAGUGGCAGCAGCAGCAGCCAGGCCUCCCGGGUAAUUACGCUGGGCUUCCCAGCCAAGCUCCCCAACCCUUCGAGCAGCAGCAGCCCGGUCGAUCCCCAGCUGCUUCCAGCUCCGCAGUUCCCGGGGCAAGGCGCAGAGGGGGCCACCUGGGCUCUCAAGGGGGCAGACUACAGCCCCACGGAGUGUCCGAAGGGGCCCCUGACGGGAUCCCUGCCCCGGAAGCCCACCGUUCCCUGGCUGCGGCACUCGGAAGAGGCGGCGGCGGCGGCCACACGAGGUGGCUUCUAUGCUGUGCAGCCACUGGAACAGUACGGGAGGCAGGUGGAAGAGAUGCGGCAGGAGCUGGCCUCAGCCAAGGAGAAGCAGCGACGCUGUGAGGAGCAAGUGGAGAGGCUGGCUGCCCAGAACCAAGGCCUCAUGGAAGAGCAGGCCCGGUCUCAGGAGCGAGGAGAGGCGCUCUGCAAGAGGCUGGAAGACGCCGAGAGCGGCUACGCACAGCUCAACAGCAGGCUGUCAGCGGUGGAGAGCAGCUGGAGGAAAGGCCGGGAGAAGCUUCAGCGCACAGAAGAGAGGGCCAGAGAUCUGCCACCCCUCUCGGGGCCCGUCUGGGUGAACAGGACUGCCAACGGGCACGAGGCCUGA